CAGCUGGACCGAACUCCAGUGCACUGGGCAGCUUCCAAAGGUCACAUUGAAAUUCUGAGCUUACUCCUGCAGGCGAAAUGUGACAUCGAAGUAGUAGAUAAAUAUGGCAUGACGCCCCUUCCUUAUGGCGGCAUGGUUUGGUUACAAAGAGGCCGUCCAAUUAUUGGUUAAACAUGGAGCCAACUGCAGAGCUGUCAACAGGCAAGGGCAAACGGUUCUCCAUUGUGCUGCGCAGAACAACCAAGAAGAAAUUGUCACGUUCUUGCUUGAAAAUGCAGAAAAUCUCACGAUCAAUGCAACAGAUAAGAACGGAAUGACUCCCGUCCACGUAUCCGCAAUUAACAACUGCAUGCCUAUUGUUGAAAGGAUGAUUCAAGCAGGCGCGGAUAUUUCUAUAAAAGAUAAAACAGAUAGGAGCCCAGUUCAUUCUGUAGCAGAACGUGGACAUCAUCUUGUCUUGGUCCGGUUAUUGCGUGUAGGGGUAGAGGUAGAGGACAAAGACGAAGAAGGGAAAACGGCGCUUCACCUGGCGGCUGAAAAUGGGCAUCAGAAAGCUGUUCUAAUACUGUUGGAGCAUAACUGUGAUCCCGGGGCAGAGGAUACAAAGUCGAGGACAGCCCUCCACAUAGCAGCUUCUUUAGGCUACUGUGAUGUCGUUGAGACUCUCCUUAACUUUGGAGCUUGCCUUAAUGUUAAAGAAAAGCACGGGAACACGCCUCUGCACCUGUCUGUUCAAGGAAAUCACCCCUCAAUGGUUGAACUGCUGAUGAAAAAAGGAGCUUCCGUCAACACUCUCAAUGCUAGGCAACAGACAGCUCUUCAUUUGGCAGCAGAAUUGGGUUAUACGGAAGUCGUCGAAGUGCUCUUAUCUUGUGGAGCUGAUCUCUCUGUGCCUGAAAAGAGUGGUCGUAAAGCAUUAUACAUUGCAGCAAGAGGAAGCUAUACAGCCAUUGUCGAUAUGCUCAUUAAAGUAGAGAGGGAGCAAACCAAAAAGCCUAUUUUGGAUAACAGUCCUGAAGAACCGGAACAACUUGACAGUCCAGAUUGCAUUAGACAAAAGGAACAGCAAGCUGAAGCGCAGCAGAAGUGUAUGCGAGAGUUGCUUUGGACAUUAGCCAAAAAUUAUCUCGAACCCCAUGACUGGAAGAAACUGGCUAGGUACUGGGGCUUUACAGAAGAACAUAUAAAAGCCAUAGAACACCAGUACACGGGAAAAUCGAGCUACAAAGAACAUGGUUACCGGAUGCUGCUCAUUUGGCUGCAAGGAGUCCCUUCCAGCAAGCAUCCACUCAAAGAGCUUUUUGAAGCCCUCACUGCCAUAAACAAGAGGGAUGUUGCAGAGAAGAUUCGUCGGAAGGCUGAAGAACAACCCCAACAGCGUCGCAGCUGUCGUGCCAACCGGUUCUGUGCCUUCUGCAUUCUUAUGUGACACCGGACCAACAACUCUGCGUCUUCUGUGCCUUACAAGGACUCCUCGUUGGUGCUUUGCAUCUUCAAUUCCUUUCUGAAUUGUGAGGGCUACCAAUCGGUUUCUCUUUACGAGUGACCGGUUCGCUGUUAUUCCUUUUUUCCUCUUUUCAGUGUGGUCAUAUGUACAAUUAUAUUUGCUUCAUAUGUACAAUUUCAUGGAAAGAAUGCAAAAUUACACUGGUUUUGCAACUCAGUAUGUAUUGUGAUGUAUCUUUUGUAUAACGAGUUUUGAAGGUGGAUGUAAUUAUUCCAAGCUAUUUGUAUUCUACUAUGAUAUAUAACCAUGAGAAAAUGAAGCUUGGACUUCAUUUAUAUGCAAAUAAGAUGAGAUUUCAUACCAUACAAUUUGUUGAUAUUCGUAAUAAUUCUAAAUAGGUGAUAUUUGCUAUUAAAUUCAUAUUAGAGAUAAAAUCUUGGGAUUUUGAAAGGCAAUCGUCUGUUAAAAUUCAUCAAUUCUGAGACGCAGCGAAAUCAUUCUCUCAGUUCGCUUGAAUUAUCCUGCAAAAAUCUCUUUAUGCACGGAAGUUCUCUUGAACUAGUUUGCAGAAACCUUACUAAAUCAGAAGUCAAACAACAAAAAUCAGCGUUAUAUUUUCAAAAUUUUCGCAGCGAAAUUUUGCGAUACUGCGAAAAUUUUGAAAAUAUAACGCAGAUUUUUGUUGUUUGACUUCUGAUUUAGUAUUUAUUCUGCGUGUUAUUGUGUCUUAAUUGCAGAAACCUUGCUUUCUGAUGAAUUUUUCUAGAAGCACUUUGAAGAAAUGUGUAGAAAUGAAACUGAAUUGAUGAAAAAAUUAUUUAAAAAUGACUAAUGAUAAAUACACUAGUAAGUAAAGAAAGACUAAACAUAUUUAUCUUAAAAAUACUGAGUAUCAAAAUAAAAUAAAAUCUGGAAUCAUAAACAGAAUACCCGUUUUCUCUCUGUUCAGACGCCCUCCCCUUAACUAAUAUUUAAAUUAGAGUUUUAAAAUUUAAAGCAGGCGUCAUAUAAAGCUCGAAUAUUUUUCAUUUAAGUUAGUUAUUCUUGUUACAAUGCAUUUCUGAUUUUAUUUUAUAAAAAA